UCAAGUUAAGCCGACUCUAGUCACUGCGGCUGAUUAGGACUAACAUAUCAUGGGCAGCAGGAGGGGAGAAGACCAGACACUCCUCUAGACUAGAAGAUUCCUUCACCUUCUGCAUCUUGGGCAUCUUCUACCCUUCUAGGCUGGACCAGUCUGCAAAAAAGAGACAAUGGCUUUUUAUCCCCUUCAGAUUGCUGGACUGGUUCUUGGGUUCUUCGGCAUGGUUGGGACGGUUGGCACAACACUUCUGCCUCAGUGGAGAGUAUCGGCUUUCGUUGGCAGCAACAUUAUUAUCUUUGAGAGGAUCUGGGAAGGGCUUUGGAUGAACUGCAUCCAGCAAGCUAUGGUCACACUGCAGUGCAAAUUCUAUAACUCCAUUUUGGCUCUCCCACCAGUAUUGGAAGCUGCACGGGCACUCAUGUGUGUGGCUAUAGCUCUUUCCUUCAUUGCUCUCAUUAUUGGCAUCUGCGGCAUGAAACAGAUCCAGUGCACCGGCUCCAGUGAGAGGGUCAAAGCCUACUUGCUUGGAACCUCAGGAGUCCUCUUUAUUCUGACUGGUAUCUUCGUUCUGAUUCCAGUGUCCUGGACCGCCAAUAUCAUCAUUCGGGAUUUCUAUGACCCAACCAUCCACGUCGGUCAGAAGCGAGAGCUUGGAGGGGCGCUCUUCCUAGGCUGGGCGACUGCUGCUGUCCUCUUCAUUGCGGGGGGGCUGCUCUGUGGAUUUUGCUGUUGCAACAGAAAGGAGCAGUGGCACAGAUAUCCAGUGCCACCAUACCGUGUGCCACAAAAAGAUAACCAAAGGAAGGUGACAGUGCCUAGCAAAACCUCUACCAGCUAUGUGUAAGGCUUGCUUUCAACAUCAGCCCAUGGCUUACGCUCAUGUGUUUUGUGGUCUUCCCAGAAACUGUGAGUACAUCGGGCAAGAGAACUACCUAUAGCAGAUUUUAAUUGAGAUGAAACUUUUGAUUUUUUUUAAACUGAGGCAGGAAUACAAAUGACUUAUUUGAACAAUCUGUUUUUCUGUGUAUUACCUGUGCUCACUCUUGUCAGACUCAAUAUUUAUUCCAAUUUAUAUAGCCCAAUAUCAAGUAUAUUCUCAGUUAUUGACAUGCAACGAUGGCGAAUAUUCGAUGGAGAGUAUCAGUUUUCAUUGGCAGCAGCAUUAUUAUCUUGAGAAGAUCUGGGAAGGGCUUUAGAUGAAUUGCAUCCAUCAAGCUAAGGUCAUGCUGCAGUGCAAAUUCUAUAACUCCAUUUUGAUUUUGGCUCUCCCACCAGUACUAGAAGCAGCAUGUGCACUCAUUUUUGCUGGUCAUAUAUUCUGAAAAGAAAACUAAAAUUGCAAUUGAUAUCCCAUAUCAAUAAAAUAUAUACAUAUUUUCAAAGACAACCUGUUAUUUUCACUCCAAUUUUUUUAUUACAUAUACAGUAUACAGUUAAGUGGUGAUAACUGUAAAGCAAUAGUCCUGAAAAUUUUAUAGAUAAAAUAAUAAUUUUGGUUGAGCUCAUAAAAAAAUGUAAGUGACUAACGCUUAUUUUUAAUU